AUGGUGGAUCUUUCCGUCGUUUUUUGGGACAGUUUACCAGGCCGGGUACACCGCCAAGGUCCCGUCGGCGCGGCCAAGGUCAUGAUCUACGCCAUGCUGACGGGCCGCAUCAGCGACGCCAUCCAUCUGGACCUGCAGCAGGCCAGCAACUUAGUGGACUUCAUGGAGGGUGCUGAGAACAGCAGUGCCCUGUGCGCCAUGAUGGACGACCGCAGCAACCCGGAGACCUAUCAGGUGUCGCGCGUGGCUGAUCGCCUCCGUGAGAAUCGCGUCGCAUCCCUGUGCACCGUGACGUUGAUGUGGGGCUUGGAUGGUGCACCCUACAAGUCGGAUUUGGACAUCCACACCUGGGUCAAUGGAGUUGAGCUCUACUAUGGAGUCCGAACUGUGGGAAAAUGCAAGUUGGAUUUUGAUGCCAACGCCAGCACCAUCGAGAAGAACCCGGCAGAGAACAUCUCGUUGAAUCAGACUGGAACUUUCACCUUUUGCGUCAACAACUUCAACAACCGUGACGCAGCCGACGUUCCCUUUAAGGUGAUUGUGAGGAAGUCUGGACAAGAAGUGGCAGAGCACAACGCCAUUUGGCCAAAGAGUCGCAAGAAGGGCGACAAAAUGGUCGUGUGCACUGUUACGGUGACUCCUCAGGACCUGCAGGAGACGGAGGUGGAGAUGUCGGAAGCGGAGCAGAAGAAGCUCUUGGCCAAGGAGGCGGAAUGGGCCAGACUCUUCGGUGAGCCGAAGGCCUACCUGGCUUGCGAAGCCCAGGUCCAGUUCCUGAAAACCGUGCUGACCGACCCAAAGGCGGCCGUAGCCAAGGGCGCGCAGCAAGUCUUUGAGCAGCUGCUGACGGCCAAACCGCAGGCAAAGAAGCCGAGCUUGGCAGAGAGAUGCAAAUUAGAAAAGCUGGAGGGCUUCAUCGAGCACGUGACCAGCAGGAAAUGCCGUGUGGAAGUCCUCAUCCGCAACUUUGUCCCUGCCUACGUCACCCGCCUGGAAACCACCACUGAUGUUCUCAAGAACCAGCUGGCAGUGAACGUCUUCCACAGAAAGUUUGAGUUGCCUAUGGCACCGCGCAGUGAUGAGCCUGGCACUGCACGGCUGGAUGAGACGUGGAACCUGGCUCCUAAAGCUGUGGUCAGAGGCUUCGUUCAGGUUCAUCAGCAGUGGUUCAUGGUCUUGGAAAAGGCCCGUCUUCCAAAGAACCAGGAAGCCUGGCCUUUGGCGGGCGGAAUGUAUCCCACCAAUCUCAAGGCGGAAGUGCAUCAUCAUCGAAGCAAAUGGACCAGCUUCCAUGCGCUGGUCACACCGGAAGCCAGCGAUGUGAGCAACCCAUUGGUCGGCUCCAUGUUGGUGGGAUUUCCCAAGUUCCAUUUCCUGCUGGAUGGCAAGGAAGUCACUGUGAUUGUACAGUGUACAGAUUGCCUCGGGCGUCUCACAGAUUAUUUGAACACCUUGGAUGUCAGAGUAGCAGGGCCUACUUCUGGGACUGACAAAGAUCAGGCUGACAGGAACCGCGCAGUUGCCUCAGCCAGCGCUUCGACAGCGACCGUCGCGACGGAGAUUGGUUGGAAAAGCUUGGCGCACGUCUAUUGCAUGAAUUUGGACCAUCGACCCGAGCGUUGGGAGUUCAUGCAACGUCAGUUCCAACGUUUGCGUCUUCCGGUGGAGCGUUUCAGUGCGGUGAAUGGCCGGCAGCUGGAUGUGCCGGAGCUGGCCAUGAACGGAAUCAUCGCGAUGGAGGCCUUGCCGCGGUACUAUCUUCCAGACGAACAGAAACUCUUUGGCACGGACUUAACCGCUGGAGCCAUUGGCUGUGCUCUUUCGCACAUGCUCAUUUGGCGCGACAUUGUGCGGCGCUGCGCCGAAGAUGGGGUUGAUCCACGCGCGCCCUUCUUGGUGAUCGAGGACGACUGCCAGUUUUGCCCCGAGUUCUCCGAAUCCUUGCUGCUGGAACGCCUCUCCCACGUGCCGGAGGACUGGCAAAUCGUGUACUUGGGCGGCCAGGACUUACUCCGCAGGCAACACUUGUACGAAGUGGGCAAAGGCGUCCGACGGCUCUACAAGGGCUUUCGAGAAACCACGGCCUACGUCAUCAAUGACGCAGGGGCCAAAGCUUGUUUGGAGGUGAGCGUGCCGCUCCAUUGGCAGAUCGACACCCACAUGAACGAUGAAUCUCUUCGUGAAGGGUUGAAGCCUCCGAGACCUGGACAUCAAGAUCAUACCAUGCAUCCCAGAGGCUAUUUCCUUUGGCCAGGCAUUGUUGCCCAGCAACGAGAAGGCUUUCCCACGGAUGUGCAAAAGAUGGAGCACGACUGUCUAUUGAGCUUCGUGUCGGAAGCCUUUGAGGUCUUCGACUUCGACUUCUCCGCUCCCUGUCUUUCUCGCCGCCGCCGCUGCGCCGUCCCCAUCACGGUGGCGUUUCCGGAAGCCCUGGAAGCGCAUGGCGUGGCGCUCUGGUUUGACGCACAGCUCUUCGAAGAUGUGACGCUCUCCACUUCCGUAGAGGGCGGAAGUGGGGCGCCAAGGGAGCAUUGGCGGCAGGCGGCCUUGUGCUUCCGCAGCCCCCUGAAGCUGGAGAGUCGACUCGAGUUGGAGUGGCACCACGAUGAGGAUGCGAUUUGGGUCACUCUUCCGCGCAAUGCGGAGAAGAGCUACGCAGGGAAACCCCCCAUGUGCAGGUGUGGCCUGCAUGCGGGCACAGCCCGCCGCCGCCUGGGGAUGACGGACUGGCACAUGGAGAUCAUGGAGAUUCCACCCGGAUGCCGUGCUGCCGCGCUGGUCUUUGGUGAUGGACCUCAAUUGCCGUUGCUGUUGGCCGAACGUGGCUACAGUCCGGUGAUCUCGGUUGGCCGUGGCCUUUUGAAUGCCACCCUCGUGCAGAAGUUUGCACGGCAUCAUCAGCGGUCAGAGAUAAGGGUGGCCUUGAAGACUGGCGAGUUGGUACCUUUGCUGGACACGGCCCAGGUGCAAGGCCGCAAGCGACCUGCAGGAGCUAUGAAGGCAGACAAUGAGACAGAUAGCGAGGAUGCCGCUUUUGACUUUCUGAUGCUGGCGCAGAACUUACUCCAGGACUAUCCCGCGGAGCACUGGAGUGCCUUCACUGAAGCCUGGUAUGAGGAGCUGUCCGAGGAUUGGGCUUUCCCGCACCUGCUGCAAGCGGCUCAUGAUGCCUCCGAGCUCAAGACGGCGCUGGAAAUGGCAGGAUACGAGGCCUCUAUGGUCGAAGCCUCACCAGCUUUGUGCUUGAAAUGCUGCGCCUUCGAUAGCGAAUGGCUGGACAGGCGCUUGCGGCCGCUGCCAGAGGAUUCAACGCCUUGGAGAGGCCUGGAUUUACGAGCCUUGAACCAGCUGCAUGCAGGGCAGCGCUCGGUGGAUCUUUGGCCCCUUCUCAGCCUGCAGCUGUUGGUCGUCAGCUCUCCCCAGCGCGAGUUGGGACGCUUCAGCCUGUUUCAGCAGCAAGAGGAGGUCGAGCUAGACCUUGAGUGUCAACGGAUCUCGCAUGGAAUCUUGUUUUGGCUUGAAGCCGAGGCGCUCUCGGUGGAUUGGUAUCAAGUGUUGAUCUCGAAAGAUCAGAAGACAUUGAGCGAGCUGAGGCAGGAUGAAAAAGAGGCCAGAUGCCCAAACUGCGAAUAA